AUGCAGGACAGUAUUAAAACUGACCUAACUACCAUUCACUUUGCGGCUGGUAACCUCGCCAAAAGCCCGGGGCUACUUGAUGAUGAUCGUUCAUGUCUCGAUAGAGACGUAUCAUAUAUUCCUCGCCAUUCACACUAUUCAACAGCUCCUAUGAGCCCCGAUAGCCUUUCUAGGAAACACCAACGCGAGAGGCAACGACACCGCGAUCACCAAAAAUGGCAACUCCUGAGAGACCACGAAGCUUCACGCCCCUGUCAGCAAUUCGACGCUCAAGUUGACGAAAUGGUAACCCGCAUAAAGGAAGAGAUCAAGAACCGAACAUUGGUCAUUCCGAACGGGGAUACCAUGGAUAGUCUCGCUUAUGACAGAGUGAAAAAGGACUGGGUUGAACAAGGAAUUUGGAAUGAAGAGUGGUACUGCACACCUUCAGAACAAUGGAUGCAUGAAAAGCCGCUCGAAGCAGUCGAGACAGACAUGGUUAUCGGGAUCCAUUCCAGUCCAUCGACUGGCAAAAAUAUACAGGGCGGUCAGGGAGCCAAACAAAAGCCCGGAGACGAGUCAUCGCGUCCAUUUCAUCAAUUCAUUUAUCAGAUAUCACGGGAGCGCGAACGAAUCGAAAGUGAUUACGACUUCCCAGGCGCCGCCCCUGUUUCCGCCCCAACCGAUAUCCACACUAAAGCUUACGAGAAUGUGAAAGAGAUCUGGAUCAAAAGAGGCAUAUGGAACAACCAAUGGGGUAUAUUGCCUGGAUUGGCCUGGAAGCAUGAAAGCCCUCUGCACAUGCUUGAUAACGACUAUGACUUGAUUCCAAGCCCGACGAAGGCCAGAGGACAUGUUCAAUUGACUACGGAAACUAGAGCUUUGGUUGUUGAUGAGUCCUUUUCUGUCCAAGCAGAUCCCUCUUUGGGAGGUGCUCAGGGGACUAGUAAGAGGAAAAGGGCAGCUUCUCCUGUUGACACGAAGAUAUCAAGACGAAAGGUUUCCCGAACUGUCAACCCGGAACCAGACCCCAGACCCGCAGUGGAUAAUUCUAGCGACCAAUUGGAUGUGUCAGAGCAGGGAACUCAGGAUACUGGAAGGCGUAGAAGUACGCGCUUACGGAGUAGGGCUAAAUAA